UUUCCGCCUCCCCUCGCUGGGCCCGCGACCACCAUGUUCUCGUGCGUGAAGCCGUAUGACGACCAGAACUACUCGGCCCUGAAGCGGGCCUGUCUGCGCAAGAAGGUGCUCUUCGAGGACCCGCACUUCCCCGCCACCGACGACUCGCUCUACUAUAAGGGCACCCCAGGGCCCGCCGUCAGGUGGAAGCGGCCCAAGGACAUCUGCGAGGACCCCCGCCUCUUUGUGGAUGGCAUCAGCUCCCAUGACCUUCACCAGGGCCAGGUGGGCAACUGCUGGUUUGUGGCAGCCUGCUCGUCACUCGCCUCCCGUGAGUCGCUGUGGCAAAAGGUCAUCCCAGACUGGAAGGAGCAGGAGUGGGACCCUGAGAAGCCUGACGCUUAUGCGGGCAUUUUCCACUUCCACUUCUGGCGCUUUGGGGAGUGGGUGGACGUGGUCAUCGAUGACCGGCUGCCCACGGUCAACAACCAGCUCAUCUACUGCCACUCCAACUCUCGCAACGAGUUCUGGUGUGCUCUGGUGGAGAAGGCCUAUGCCAAGCUGGCGGGCUGUUACCAGGCCCUGGAUGGAGGCAACACGGCAGACGCGCUGGUGGACUUCACAGGUGGCGUUUCUGAGCCCAUUGACCUGACUGAGGGUGACUUCGGCAAUGACGAGGCCAAGAGGAACCAGCUCUUUGAGCGUAUGUUGAAGGUGCACAGCCGGGGAGGCCUCAUCAGCGCCUCCAUCAAGGCAGUGACAGCGGCUGACAUGGAGGCCCGCCUGGCAUGCGGCCUGGUGAAGGGCCAUGCGUAUGCUGUCACUGAUGUACGCAAGGUGCGCCUGGGCCACGGCCUGCUGGCCAUGUUCAAAUCGGAGAAGCUGGACAUGAUUCGCCUGCGCAACCCCUGGGGCGAGCGGGAGUGGAAUGGGCCCUGGAGUGACACUUCAGAGGAGUGGCAGAAAGUGAGCAAGAGUGAGCGGGAAAAGAUGGGCGUGACCGUGCAGGACGACGGCGAGUUCUGGAUGACCUUCGAGGACGUGUGCCGCUACUUCACCGACAUCAUCAAGUGCCGCCUGAUCAACACAUCCUACCUGAGCAUCCACAAGACAUGGGAAGAGGCCCGGCUGCGCGGCGCCUGGACACGGCACGAGGACCCGCAGCAGAACCGCAGCGGGGGCUGCAUCAACCACAAGGACACCUUCUUCCAGAACCCGCAGUACAUCUUUGAGGUCAAGAAGCCAGAAGAUGAAGUACUCAUCUGCAUCCAGCAGCGGCCGAAGCGGUCUACCCGCCGCGAGGGCAAAGGCGAGAACCUGGCCAUCGGCUUUGACAUCUACAAGGUGGAGGAGAACCGCGAGUACCGCAUGCACAGCCUGCAGUACAAGGCCGCCAGCUCCAUCUACAUCAACUCGCGCAGCGUCUUCCUGCGCACAGACCAGCCCGAGGGCCGCUACGUCAUCAUCCCCACCACCUUCGAGCCAGGCCACACUGGCGAGUUCCUGCUCCGAGUCUUCACCGAUGUGCCCUCCAACUGCCGGGAGCUGCGCCUGGAUGAGCCCCCCCGCACCUGCUGGAGCUCCCUAUGUGGCUACCCCCAGCAGGUGACCCAGGUACAUGUCCUGGGGGCUGCUGGUCUCAAGGAUUCCCCAACAGGAGCUAACUCUUAUGUGAUCAUCAAGUGUGAGGGGGACAAGGUCCGCUCGACCGUGCAGAAAGGCACCUCAAAACCUGAGUACAACGUGAAAGGCAUCUUCUACCGCAAGAAGCCGGGACAGCCCAUCACUGUCCAGAUCUGGAACCACCGAGUCCUGAAGGAUGAGUUCCUGGGCCAGGUGCACCUGAAGGCUGACCCAGAUGACCUCCAGGCCCGGCACACCCUCCACCUCCGAGACCGCGAUAGCCGGCAGCCCAGCGACCUGCCGGGCACCGUCGCUGUGGACGUCCUCAGCAGUGCCUCCCUGACAGCUGUCUGACACCCGCCCACCCACCUGGCCCCAACAGUUCUCACCACCUUCUGCAUGUUCCCACCAGGCUUGGGACUAGCCUGGGAGCGAUGACACUGGGAUCCUUUUCCCACUCUUCUACUGACUUACUGUGUGACUUUGGGAGGUCUCUGCCCCUCUCUGAGCUUCAGUGUCCUGAGGGCCCCAAAGCAUUCACUUCUCAUGGAGGAGUCUUCUUGCCUGAGAUUUCAAAUAGCACUCCCCUCCAACUGUCACCACUGCGAAGGGACUCUAUCCGUUGAAAACAUUUUCCCAAGGCCCUGCUGUCUGCCGAGGAGUGCCAAGAUGCCACCUGUUUACACACAAACGGCCACGUCCCUAAACCCCAUUCUUGCCCCUCAUGUCCUGGGCAUGCCACAGUCUCCCAGACCUCACUUUCUCUUUCUCUGUCACCUUCACCUGGUUUUCUAGCCACCUUGAAAGGACUUGGCUCCUGCUGGGUUCCUGCUCAGGCUGGAAUUUGGGAAAUGCGCAGGUGACAUUUGUUUGUUCUCUAAUCCUGUCCACUCACUCAUUCACUUAUUCAUUCAACAGAGAUUUGCCAAAUGAAUACACAACACCCGAGAGGCUCCAGGUGAAGCCGGCCCCUCCCCCACCUCCGCCUUGGGCCUGGCUUCUGUCCUCAGGUCCUCUCACAGGCAGACACCCCAAGGAGCUGCAGCUGCCUUCUCACGCCAUGUUCUAAUUUUAUUCUCAGCCCCUGGUUUAAGGUCCCCGGAGAGGUGGUGGCAGUGGCAGUGAGGAAGGGCCAUCUUCCUGCCUCCUCUGCCUGAUGCUGGAAGAAGCAUGCUUGGGUUAGUGUGCCUGGGGCCAGACGGGUAGAAGGGUCCUAGGGGGAGACACAUGUUCCCAGGCCCCUCUACUGCAAGACCCUGGUUUCUCCUGGGAGAAGGGAGUCUGGGCUGGGUGGGGUCAAGUCACCCACUGGGCUUGGCAGGAGGUGGGUGACUCCAUCGCCUGACCAGAGGCCACGUCCACCAACAUUCCCCCCAAAUGCAGCCAAGGAGGCCACAGUGCGCUUCUUGCUGCUCGGACCAAAAUGUUCCUUUUAGUCCUCAACGUUUUAUAUUCUUUCCGUUUUAAAAAUCUCAGUUUUAAUCAGGGGUUUUUAAGGAAAACUGAAAGCCUAAACAUGUUUUUCCUUCUUAAAGUCCAGUUUUGCUGGUCAUCUGAUUUUAUUUUGAUUCUACUUGGGAAGGGGCGUGGGAGAAGUUGUACCUUCUCAGAGGAGGUCUGGAGGUGGACGAAGAAGAGGAGGUUUUGUGCUUGACACUGAGGGUCUUGCAGAACACUUCUUGAGUGUUGGUGCCGUGACCCACUUAGGGGCCUCUCUGUGCCCUUCUUGGGCUUCCAGACCAGGAGUGACAAGUGAAAAAGUGCGGUUGGUUCAAGAACGGGAAUUCCUAUGGUCUCGCUGGGAAUUCCUUCUCAGAACCUGAAUUUUCGACUCCAGAUCUCUCUGGUCCAGUGUUUGGCUGGAGGUGCUGGAUUCUCUCUGACUUUCCCUCCUCGAACUGCGGCUGGCCGUGCUCCUGCAUCCUGGCCCUGGGUCACAUGAAGGCCAGGAACUGAAAAAUGAGAAUGAGAAGAUUCCUUUUCAAAAGCGAGACUUCCCUUCAAGAACCUGGGCCUGGGGCCAGGAUUCUGCACAUGACCAGGACCAAGUCAUUUAAACCUCCUGUGCCUCAAUUUCCUCCUUCUUCAAAGUGGGGCCAAUGAUUCUUGUUUGUCAGCACUCUUACCAACAAGUGCUGAGUAAGGGCAAAGUGACACCCCGCUCUCUACGUAUCUCUGUAUGCAUACACUGUGUACACAUUCAUGUACCACUGCUUCUCAAAGUCCAGGUCACGUUAAGACUCCAGAGCUGGGGGUGGAGAGGUGAGCACUGGGGAGACCAGCAUGGCCCUCAGGGGCUGACACGUGUCUUUGCUCAGCCAUGUCUCCCUGGGAUAUAGUGGCAAGCCAGGACCAGUGGCAGACCUGUGUGAGCUUCAGCCUGGGGCCAAGCAGUGUUGCCCACCGCCAGCAGAACUGGUUCGACAGUCCUGCUCUUGCUUCCUGCCCCUUGAGGUAGGCCAGGCUGGUUUCUGGCUAUGUGGUGAUCUUUGGUCCCUAGGAGGCCUUGGGGACUAGGCAGUGAGGAUGUGGUGGGGGAGCAAUCGCUUUGCUCACCUUAUGCACCCACAGGGGCCUCAGAGCCCCCACUUGCAGAGGGGUGAGGCCUCCAGCCCACAGCACCCGGACCAGAGCUUCACUCCUCAGGACCCACUACAGGUUCAGGGAGAGAAGGCCUGUCCUGUUCUCAGAAUAAAUGUUGCCACAAUUCCAGAAAGAA